UUCUGGAUGAUCGGAACUGAUGAUGUACUUCAUGAACAUGAAGAAUUCAAAAGGAUCCGAUGCAGCAACCACACAGGUACUAAGUUGCUACUUUUUCUCGUUCAAUAAUAGGAAGCUGCUAUAUAUUUGCUUCCCGAAGCAGCAUCUAUAUCAUUUUCAAGAACUUCGUUUCAUUUCAGUAGAAGAACUACUCUUCUUUUCUUUGAAUAGUUUGUUACCACUUCGCAGCAUCUACUUCAACAAGCUCAACCAACGUUCUCCCAUCAACUCCUCUUCAUGAACCCUGGACGACGUUUCGCUUUCGCAUGGCAUAGGGGACACGUCUAUCGGAGUAUGUGUCGGGCUCUCGCGGAAUGAAUGCAGAUCUCUCAAGAUGCACUGGAGCAGCAUACCCGGGAACAGUCUACUCUACAGGUGAUUGACGUGGGCUGUCGAUCUAGCUUGCGUAGAUAAGUAAACACCUCGACCCGCGUUCCACGCAAACGAAGGAAAACCAUAGAGAAAGGACUAGGGACUUGUGUAGUAAACAAAGGCACUCAAAAAAUGUGAAGACAGCGAACUUGCUGACACACAGAAUCAAU